GGAACUUCUCUCUGUAAGCCCCGCCUCGCGUUCAGCUGAACACAAACUUCUUUCACACAUAAAACACACCGAAGUCUGUCACGCACCGUGUCAAUACGCAAGAGCCGCGCUGACGCACCGACGCGCAGCUUGCCGCAUUUCCACGCUCGCAUUUAUGUGCUUGAAUGUGUGUGGAGCGAGAUCUGUUGUUUUUGAUCUCUCCUCCGUGUGUGUGUGUGUGAGUGAGUGUUUGUAAGUGUGUGAGUGUGUGAGAGCUGCAGUCAUGGCUGUGGACGGAACAGACCAGCGCGCGCUGCAGUAUGAGCAAACUUUGAUGUAUGGCCGUUACACUCAGGAACUGGGUGUUUAUGCUAAAGAAGAGGCCGCCCGUCUUCGAGAGGACAGUCGUCAGCGACGCUCCAUCUCUGAUCGCAGCCCGUCGCUCAAACUCCUCGAAUAUGAGAAGGGACGAUGUGUCAAGUGUCGAAGGUUUCCAUAUGCCCUGGAAUCAUCACGUCCGGACUUUUUUUCUGUCUGUGCAGUGCACUGUCAGCGGUUCUUCAUGUUGCGGGUCGGCGAGGACUGGAUCUUCCUCAUCUUGCUGGGACUCGUCAUGGCGCUGGUCAGUUUUGUUAUGGAUUUCUGCAUCGCCCUCCUAUUACAAGCACAGAAGUGGAUGUACGGUGGUUUGGACAGUAACGUUGUCCUGCAGUAUUUGGCUUGGGUCACGUAUCCUGUGGUUCUCAUCAGUUUCUCUGCAGGCUUCACACACAUAGUAGCACCUCAGGCUGCCGGGUCUGGUAUUCCUGAAAUGAAGACGAUUCUCAGAGGAGUGGUGCUGAAGGAAUAUCUCACACUGAAAACAUUCGUGGCCAAAGUGGUUGGGCUGACCUGCGCGCUGGGCAGUGGUUUGCCUCUGGGCAAGGAGGGUCCGUUUGUGCACAUUGCCAGUUUGUGUGCUGCUCUUCUCUGCAAAUUCAUGUCUUUCUUUGGUGGAAUUUAUGAGAAUGAGUCCAGAAACAUUGAGAUGCUUGCAGCUGCCUGUGCUGUCGGAGUCGGAUGCUGCUUUGCUGCUCCUAUUGGAGGUGUAUUAUUCAGCAUUGAGGUCACCUCCACAUUUUUCGCCGUACGAAACUACUGGCGUGGAUUCUUUGCUGCUACAUUCAGUGCCUUUAUCUUCAGAGUCCUGGCAGUGUGGAACAGGGAUGAAGAGACGAUCACGGCUCUCUUUAAAACACGGUUCAGACUGGACUUCCCUUUUGACCUCCAGGAGCUUCCAGCCUUUGCUGUUAUCGGAAUCGCCAGCGGGUUUGGUGGAGCCUUAUUUGUGUAUUUGAACAGGCUAAUUGUUCAGUUUAUGCGAAAACAGAAAACUAUUAACAAGUUCCUCAUGAAGAAGCGUCUGUUGUAUCCCGCCCUGGUCACACUACUGAUUUCAACGCUUACUUUCCCUCCGGGCUUUGGGCAGUUCAUGGCCGGACAGCUUACACAAAAGGACACCCUGGUUUCAUUUUUUGACAAUCGCACUUGGACAAAGCAAGGAAUCACAGAAGACUUUAAUUAUGACAGUCACUCGGUCGCCUGGAAACACCCGCAGGCUAAUGUCUUUGUGAUCCUCGUCAUCUUCAUCGUUAUGAAGUUCUGGAUGUCUGCUUUAGCCACAACUCUUCCUGUACCUUGUGGAGCCUUCAUGCCUGUUUUUGUCAUUGGUGCUGCAUUUGGCCGUUUGGUGGGUGAAAGUAUGGCCGCGUGGUUUCCAGAGGGCAUUAAUACAGACGGAACCAUCUAUCCCAUAGUGCCUGGAGGAUACGCUGUAGUGGGAGCGGCAGCAUUAUCCGGAGCGGUCACACACACUGUUUCCACGGCCGUGAUCGUGUUUGAGUUGACUGGACAGAUAAGUCACAUUCUGCCCAUCAUGAUCGCUGUGAUUCUCGCCAACGCUGUCGCUCAGAGUCUUCAGCCAUCCAUCUACGACUCCAUAAUACGCAUUAAGAAGCUGCCUUACCUGCCCGAGCUCGGCUGGGGUCACCACGAGAAGUAUAAUAUCCGUGUGGAGGACAUCAUGGUCAGAAAUGUUCGCUACAUCAAGCUGAACUCCACCUACAGAGACCUUCACGACAUCCUCAUGGCAGGAAACCUCAAAACACUGGCGCUGGUGGAGUCUGCAGAGUCUAUGAUCCUGCUGGGCUCUAUUGAGCGCGCUCAGUUACAGGCCCUCCUAUCGCAGCAUCUCAGUCGUCAGCGGCGGCUGGAGUUCGUACGAGAGCGUGCGGACGCAGAGAGGAAGCGCGUGUCUGUUGUCAGCACGCCCAGCAGCGAGGAGGGGGGUCAAAAGGUCAACCACGAGGUCCGCUUCCAGAUCUCCACAGAAGAGUCGUCGUUCACACCCACCCGUCCCAUCUCUCCUAAACCUCUCAAACCUGCACUGAAGAGGACGUCUAUGGCCGAGAAGAACAUAGAGAUCCCUACAAGUCCUCAUGAUUCUGGCAUUGGCUUAAAGAAUCUGUUGUGUGCUCGACCUCAGACAGAUGCAAUGGAGAAUAAUAACGUGGAGCACACAGUGGCUCCUGACUUCAGGCCGCCCAAGCGUGUGAGGAUUUCGGUCUUGGAGGAUCCAGACGCAGAGGAUGACAUGACUCUUGGAGAGAUUGAGGAGUGGGAGGAGCAACAGCUUGACGAGCAGGUGAACUUCAACAACUGCAAGAUUGACCCCGCCCCCUUCCAGCUGGUGGAACGCACCUCACUGCACAAGACUCACACCAUCUUCUCUCUGUUGGGUCUGGAUCACGCUUACGUCACCAGUAUCGGACGACUUAUUGGAGUUGUUUCGCUGAGAGAGCUGCGUAAAGCCAUCGAGGGCUCCAUGACGGUGAAGGGCGUGAAAGUGCGCCCCCCUCUGGCCAGCUUCAGAGACAGCGGGACGAGCGGCACGAGCAGUGAAAGCGAAGCCACUGAACUCCACAAACUGUGGGACCGUCACACCAGCCUCGCGCUGCCCAGAGAACACCAACCAAACACCUCCGACUCCGACGACAAGUCCCAGUGACCGCACGAAAACUAUUUAUAGAGACGCAUCCAAAACGGUCUUUUUAUUGGUCGGAUUCUCCACUCGCUUUCAGGUCUUCCUGUCUUUACUUCCUACACUAGAUUUGGAGAAUCAGGGACCAAAUAGACUUGUGCGUGUGCCUGUACAGUGUGUGUGUGUUUAUAUGUGUGUUUGUGAGACAGAUCCAUAUGUUACCUUUCAGUCACUUUUUAAAAAAUGUGAUAACACUUUGCAGUAAGGUUUCAUUUGUUAACAUUAGUUAACUGACAACAGCAAUGCAUUUUCACAGCAUUUAUUAACCUUUGUUAAUGUGACUUCAUCACAGAGCAUUAACUAAUGUUAGCAAAUGAAACCUUCUUGUAAAGUGUUACCAAAAAAAAUGUGAUACACAAGAUCUGUUUGGACGCUUCAUCUGUCGUGUUUCAUGUCUGUGGGCAUUAAAUUCUCCUCUAAAUAAAGAGUGGAUGUGAGCGGUGUAGGCGGAGCGCAGGAGGGGGCAGAGAGAAAGAGUGAUGGAGAGAACGAGACGGAGUGGGAGUGAUUUCUUUUCACUUUUUGAAAACUCUUUUUUGCAGUUGGCCUUUGUUCCUCUUCAAAAGGAGAUUUAGUUUCCGUUUCAAGCCAAAGUGUUUGUAUGUUAUCUGGUCACAAACAGCAAAUCUCACCAACGCAGCAGAAUCAACUCAUUACGGUUUGAUACUGUUAUGUAAGAAUGCGCACUUUUUAUGGGUUUCUGUGUUGAAAAUGACGUUGCCUGCACACUAACGUGCCUUUCUGAAAGAUUUGGCACCAUUUAUCAGCAUGUUUGCACUAUGAAAUCAGUCACAGUCAAAACACAACCAUAACAUUUCAACUGACAAUACUGUUAUUCAUACAAAUUAUGAACAAACUAACGGUGAGAGUUUGUUGUGUGAGAACUUAACAAUAUUUGCUUUGCAAUAACCACUAAUUUUUGAUAUGUUUUGUCCUUCCCACUGUUUUCCAUUGAUCCAGGAGGAUGUAAACGGUUUAGCACUUAAAGCCGCAGGAACCCAUGUGAUUUGUGUUGUGAUAGAUGAGAUCACUAUUUAAUCUGUAUAUGAGAAACCACGUCACAUCUUCCACACGUCACACUGUAAAAUCUCUCUGUCUCUUUCUUUCUCUCUGGCAGAAACUUUUUUAAAAAUGUUUAUGAUGACUGACGGUGAAUUUCACAAAACCUGUCAAGAUCAUGUCCGGCUCAUGUUUAACACCAAAUAUCAAUGUUUUCGGCAAUUGACCAUUAAGAUUUUUUUAGCAUUGUGAGAUUUUUAAAUUGAAUGUCUUUCCUCUACAUUUUUAUUACAAUAUGUUUGGACAUUUUUGUGUUUUUUGUAAUUCUCAGUGAUGAUUUUCAUGUAUAUUCUCAUUAACAAGAAAUAAGUAUUUAUACACUAUAGUUGCAUUUGUCAUUUUUUAAUGUACUUUUUUGUUGUUGUCGUUUUUGUUUUUUUCUAAUGAGAAUUUAAAUGAAAAUCAUCAUUGAUACUAAUGAAAGAUACAAAAACAAAGUACUUCAAAAAGUAAUUACACACUUUUUGUAAUGAGAAUUUAAAUGAAAAUCAUUGAGACUAAUAUAAAAAAGUACAUAAAAAUAACAAAUACAAAUUUCUGUAAUGAGAAUUUAAAUGAAAAUCGUUGAGAGUAAAAAAAAAUACCAAAAAUUGCAUCAAAAAAUACAACUAUUGUGUAUAAUUAUUUUUUUAAUGCAAAAAAAUCUUAAUGGUCCUUAAAGUAGGAUACUUUUUAUUUACGCUAAAUAUUAUAUACUUAAAGCCUUUAUAUAUAAUGCAUUAUAAAAGUAUUUUUAAUGCAUUAAUUAUGCCUUGUAAUGCAUUGUAUGAUCUCAUGAAUAAUUAUAACCACAGUUAUAAUACAUUAUAUCAUUUAUUGAACACACCUGUAGAAAGUAUCAUUUCAGAUCUAACAUGGAAUCUGCAAAUAUAAUGCAUUUUAAUUUUGAUUACAAUUAUUUAUGAGAAGAUAUAAUGCAUUGUAACAUACAUUAUGAAUACAUUUAUAGUGCAUAAAGUUUUAGCAUAUCAUCAUAUUUCUCUUUUAAUGUGACACAGACGUGCUCUUGACAGGUUUUGUCAGAUUCGCCUGCAAACGUAUUCAUGCAUUUCUACGAACAACAGCCGAAUAGAACAAGAAGUGAAAUCUGAGAGUGUUUUAUUCUCUGUCGUAAAUGUCUGUUGUGAUUUAUAAGUGUUUCAUGACUUCACAUUUCAUUAGCUGAUCGUUAAAUUGAAUUUAUUUAAUUCUGAUUCUUAACUGACAGAUUUGACCAAUAAGCUUUAAUCUGUUCGCCGGUGGAGGAGAGGCUUAUUUUUGUGUUGAUUCAUGUAGAUUUACAGAUUUUAAUAUAUUUAUAAUAUCAUGUUAACUUAAAUAUUUUCUUCUUUUUGCCAUUUAUUUGUUCUUUUAUUUUGUCAUUUUUCCUCCUGCUCCUGUUGUGUGACGCAAAGCUGCAAAAUUCAGACUAUUUCAAGAAUAUGUAAUGGUUGGACUGAACUUUGUGGAAACGUGAGAUUGUUUUUUUUGUUGAUGGACUUAUGGAGUCUACAAAAUGGUGCCAGUAUCAUCUCUGAAAUGACUUUUAUCUAGUACUGUCAGAAACACUCCUUUAUGUCCAUAAGUGGCUUGUUUUUCCUCCUGAAUCUGGACCAAAAGAGCAAAUCAUGAUCGCUUCUGUUUUUAUUUCAUGUUGUGGUGGUCCAUUUCAUUUCACGUGUUAGAAUAUGUUGUUCUGAGAAUCAUAUUUAUUAACAAUCUUACAUGUGAUCAACAAAGUAGAUCAAGUGAUUUUAUUUUUGAUAUCAUUGUCAUUAUUUUCAGUAAUUGGAAGAUAAUGUAUUUGUGCAAUAACAUUUUUUUUUUCUUCAUUAGUAACCAGAAUUAAUGACUUUGUGGGGAGAUAACCAUAUUUUUCUAAAGAAAAAGAGCUGAGCUGUAUGUCUGAUAGUGUUUCCAGUGUUUGCUGAUGUUUUUACACUGCGAAAAAUGUUUUUCUUGCUCAGUAUUUUUGUCUUGUUUUCCAGUACAGAUAUCUAAGCUUUCUUAAAUCAAGAUACAUUUACAGGAGACGCACAAUGACUGAAGAUAUUAAGUCUUGUUUACUGAAAAUUUGAGUUUGUGCUUGGAAAAAAAUAAAUGUCAGUGUUAAACUUCAAAAGGAAAACAAGAUUGUUUUUCUGAGCCCAUUGGCAGAUAUUUUUCCUUGUUUUAAGCACAAACUCACUUCAUUUUGAUCCAUUUUUUUCAGUAAACAAGACUUAAUAUCUUAAAUCAUUUUGCUUCUUCAGUAAAUGUAUCUUGAUUUAAGAACGUUUCAAUGUUUGUACUGGAAAACGAGACUAAAAUACAAACUAAGCCAAUCAUUUUUUGCAGUGUAGAGCUCUAGAAACUCUGCGAGGGCCAAAAACAUUCCAUUGCCACAAAAAAACAGUGUUAGUUGAAAAACUCUUGUAAGAAAUAUUAACACUCACAUUCAGUUUACAGAGUAAAUCUUCAGAUCCGGCCCAUUCUCAGAGUUUCAUGAAUUUUUAGCAAGCGUUGAAACAACAACAACAGCAAAACUCCUGCUGUUUUUAGAGAGAGAAAAAUCAAGCUCUGCAAUAGAACAAAAAGUUUUUGUACAUCAGGGAUAAAUAAAGAGAUUUUAACAUGAGAA